AUGUCUGGGACCCCCCCACACCCCUCGCCCCCCGGCGUGGUGCGCACCCGGGCGACCCUGGACCCGGGCGGGGGCCAUGAAGGGUUCAAUCCCCGCGCCAUCGCCAUCGGGGCCAGCGUGGAGUCCCUGUCCUACAGCGUGGACCUCAACCGCGUGGGCCUGCGGGCGAUGCGGCGCGACGCCGGCGCGCCGCGCCACCUCUACGGCUACUCGGGCCGGACCCUGAUCAAGCUGCUCACCACCGUCACCUCGGGCGUGCUCAUCGGCCUCACCGCCGUCGCGCUGGGCGAGUCCAUCGAGAGCCUGGUCCUGCUCCGCAACGGUGCGCUGAAAGCGCUGCUGCCGGAGCACGGCGCCCGGGGCGCCGGCGCCUUGCGCGCCGUGCUCCCGGCCCUGGGCCUGCAGCUGGUCGUGUCCGUCGCCGCGGCGGUAGGCGCCGCGGCCCUGGUGCAGCUGGUGGCCCCCAAGGCCGCCGGCGCGGGGGUCACGCUGGUCAUGGCCCACCUGAACGGCAAUGACAUCCCCGACGCCCUCACCGCCCGCACCUACGUCGUCAAGUUCCUGGGCAACGUGGCCGCACGCGUGGCGGGCCUGGCCCUGGGGCCGGAGGGGCCCAUGAUCCACCUGGGCGCCUGCGUCGCCUCCUGCCUCUGCUUCUGGACGCACGCGUCGCGCCCCUCCGAGGCCUGCUCCCACUGGUCACGCAACAUCGGCUGGCGCUGCUUCCUGGCCGCCACGGUGGCCUCCUUCACCCUCUCCCAGCUCCACCCCCGUGGCCGCUCCGGCAUCCUGGGCUUCGGCUCCAUCUCCGCGCCAGACAACCGCCAGUGGCUGCUCCAGCUCCCCUUCAUCGUCCUCGUCUCGGCCCUGGGCGGGCUCAUGGGCGCGCUGUUCAACACCGCGCGUGGCUGGCUGGCGGGGUCGCGGCUUAAGGCCCCGCGCGGCGCUACGCCGGAGCGCUUGCUGGAGGCGGGCCUGGUGGCGGCCGCCACCACGCUCGCCACCUUUGCAGUCAGCAGCCUGUGGGGCACGUGCCUGACCGUGCCCAAGGAGUGGGACGGCGCUCUGCUCAUGCAGUACACCUGCCCCGCCGGGCAGUACAACGACCUGGCCACCAUCCUGCUGUCCACCAGCGUCUACGUCAUCCGCAACCUGCUGGGCAUGGGCUCCCGCGCGCACCCCGUCCCCGCCGCCUGCGGCCUGGACCGUCCCUGCUACUUCUCCCUGGCCAGCUUGUGCAUCGCCUCGGCGCUCUACCUGGUCCUCAUGGUGGCCGCCGCCUCCACCGCCUCCCCCGGUGGCCUCUUCAUGCCCUCCAUCAUGGUGGGCGCCACGCUGGGCGGCGCCGCGGGGCUGGCCCUGCACGCCCUCCUCCCCGCCGACUUCGGCAUCAAGCCCGGCAUCUUCGCCAUCGUCUGCGCCACCGCCACGCUGGGCGGCGUCUUCCGCUCGUCCAUCUCCCUCGUGGUCAUUGUGGUGGAGGGCACGCAGGGCAUCGAGUUCAUGUUUGGCAUCAUCGUGGCUGUGGUGAUCUCCAACGCCAUCUCCCAGCUGCUGAACCGCGACGGGCUGUACGAGGGUGACCUGGAGCGGGACGGCACGGUGUUUUACCUACGCCACGAGCCGCCGCACCCGCUGCGCUACAAGACCGCCGCCGACGUGAUGGCCAGCCCGGUGCUGGGGUUCAACGCGGUGGAGUCGGUGGCGCGGGUGCUGCAGGUGCUCCAGCGCACCACGCACAGCGGGUUUGCGGUGUACGAUGACAGCAGCGGCAGGGACCCGAUGCUGGGCUCGGGGCGGCUGGCGGGCCUGAUCACGCGCACCCAGCUCAUGGUACUGCUGCGGUACCGCGUGUACUGCGACGCGGCGGGACGGUACCUGGACCCCGUCCCCGACCCGGUCCUGCUGGAGGAGUGGCUGGCGGCGGAGAUGGCCGCGCGCCAGGCCGCGCGCCGCUCCUCCAACUCCCUGGUCCAGGGUGGGCGGCGCUCGGCGCCGCAGUACGCCGAUCGCCUGCCCAGCAUGUUGAUGGAGGAGGCCGACGCGGCGGCGCUGCUGGCGGCGCUGGAGUCCCAGGGCGUCUCCGAGGCGCCCUCCGAGGCCGAGGACGGGGUCGAGGCCCACAGAGGGAGUGGCAGGGGACCGGCACGCGGGGCGACGGCGGGUGACAGCGGAGGGGCCGGACGUGAGCUGCUUGGAGGCGACGGCGGAGCGGCGGCCCGGGAAGCGCCGGCGGGUGCAGGCGCGCCGGGCUUCCCCCGCCUGCCCACCGCCGGGCUCCCAGACCAAAAAGAGUGGGAGUACGCCCCCAGCCGCCCCGGCUUGCGCCCCUCGCCCUCCACCGUUGAGGUGCUGGCCCGCGCCGACCCGCCACAGGGCGCCUUUUUGAACCUGGACCCCUUCAUGGCCUGCGCGCCGCUCACCGUGCGCACCGCCACGCCGGCCAAUGAGGUGCACCAGCUGUUCCUGGCGCUGUCUCUGCGCCACCUGCCGGUGGUGGACCGGCGCGGCAUCGUAUGGGGCAUGAUCACGCGCAAGGACCUGGACCGCGCGGCUGGGCGUGGGUGGUGGAGGGUCAACAACCCGCCGGCCACGCCGGAGCUGGGGUCGCCCCUGGCCGUGCGGCGGCCGAGCCCCGAAUCCCCGCGCAACCUGCUGUCCUCCCUGAUGCGCCGCCCGCGGUGGCUGCUGGCCGCGCUGACGCAGGACGCACGCGCGCGCCUCGGCCUCUCCCGGCACUCCUCGCCCGAUGCCACGGACGACGAGGAGGCGCCGGGGCGCGUUAACAUCAUACGCCUCGCUGCGAAUGCAAACGGCGAGCGCAGGGGGUCGCCGUUUGCAUGA